AUGCGUUUCCAGCUCCUUGUCCCUCUGGCUUCAGCCCUUAUAGCCGCCGCCCAGGUCGACGAUCGCUUGCCGCCCUGGUGCAGCCUUGCUACAAACGUGGGCGGCGCUACAUGCGAGGCAUUUGCCCACUACAACCAUCUCUCUCUUGACCUGUUCGAGGAACUGAAUCCCGAUGUCGAAUGUCCCGAUCUGGAAGAAGGGAGAUUCUACUGCAUUGAUGAUCUAUACGAGCCAGAGCCUGAGCCUGACAACAACAACGACGACGAGGACAAUCUUUCUACGUCCAUGACAGACUUUGCUACCGCCACCAAGCCCGGAGACUUUACUACCAUUAUUACCGAAAAUCCUACGGCCAAUAUAACGACUUCAAUCCCAACGGCUAAUUUAACGUCUCGACCUGCAACCACAGCCAGGGGGCCAACCGCCGUGACCACAAUGAUGACGCCAGCGGUUGCCUCUUCCACGCAGACAACUCCUAGCUCCGCUCCCAAGCCAGAAGCCCUGGUACAAGCUGCGGCUACGUAUAGCUGGCUUACCAUAUCCGCCUUUAUAAGUUACCAUCUUUGCAGGCGCAUCAUGCUGUAA